GAAUCGAUUCGUUCACGAUUCAAAUCUCUCGCUUUUAUAAGCGGUUGACUGAGUUUACUGGUUGUCUUGCAGGACUUGGUUUGGGUCAGCAUUAGCUAGCUAGAGUUUCCUACAUUUAUCCACCCAUUUAAGUGUUAUCUUAACUAUGGCGACUUGUGUGAAACUCUACACCGGCGCAGAAAUGCCCAUUAUCGGUCUGGGAACAUGGAAGUCACGUCCAGGUCAAGUAACCGAAGCUGUGAAAGCUGCCAUAGCUGCAGGCUACAGGCACAUCGAUGGAGCGAUGGUCUACGAGAAUGAGAAGGAGGUGGGAGAGGGCGUCCACGCCAUGAUCAAAGAAGGCGUGGUGAAGAGAGAAGAGCUUUUCAUGGUCAGCAAGCUCUGGUGCACCUUCCAUGACAAGUCUGCAGUAAAAGGGGCGUGUCAGAAGACCUUGAGUGACCUGCAGCUGGAUUACCUAGACCUUUACCUGAUUCACUUCCCUAUAGGCUUUCAGGCUGGAAAAGAACUGUUCCCUCUGGACAGUGAAGGCUUAGCUAUCAGCGAUGACACCCAUUUCCUGGAUACCUGGGAGGGUAUGGAGGAGUUGGUGGACGCUGGGCUGGUCAAGGCCAUCGGCAUCUCCAACUUCAACCGAGAGCAGAUUGAAGCCAUCCUGAACAAGCCAGGCCUCAAAUACAAACCUGCCAACCACCAGAUUGAGAGCCACCCCUACCUGACGCAGGAGAAGCUGAUCAACUUCUGUCACUCUAAGAGGAUCACAGUGACUGCGUACAGCCCUCUGGGCUCUCCUGAUAGACCAUGGGCCAAACCAGAGGACCCUUCGUUGCUGGAGGACCCAAACAUCAAGGCCAUUGCUCAGAAGUACAGUAAGACCACUGCUCAGGUCCUCAUACGCUUCCAAAUCCAGAGGAACGUCGUUGUGAUACCCAAGUCUGUCACUCCCUCACGCAUCAAAGAGAACUUUCAAGUCUUUGACUUCAACCUGACUGAUGAUGAGAUGAAGACCAUUCUAGGCUUCAACAGGAACUUCAGGACAUGCCCCAUGCACUGGGGUGUGAAGCACAGAGACUAUCCAUUUAAUGCUGAUUAUUAAAAGGGAAGAGGUCUCGUUCAAGAUGCUGCCUAAAAGCUUCAACUCCAGUUCUUUCAGUUUACUUUACAUUUUCCACCGUCUGUGGUUUUCAUAGAGAUCUGGCUGAGCAGAGAGAAGAGGAAGCAAAGCAAACACACAUGCUUACUGGCUUCAUGGGUGCUAGUUAACGGUAAAAAGGAAGAAAAGCAUUUACUCUUCCUGUGUUCUGUGAUGGUAUUUCAGUGUUUUUCAAUUUGAAAGACCUUAAAUGUUUUUGCAAGUUCUCCAUGUCUACAUGGAGAAUACAUAUGUUUACAUAAAGAUCUCCAGUAGUCACUUGGUCACAUUUGUAUGCACAUAUACUCCCAUACAAGAAAGCUUUAUAGUUCCUGGAUUUAUAGUUAUUGAAUUUGAUUUGAUCUCAUGUUGAAACACUCCACCACUUCAUGUCAUAAACCCCCCUUGCAAUUCCUGAUAUUCCUCUAUAAAAUCUACCAAAGGAAUCCCAUUAUUAUGCAGCUGUAUACCAAAGUUUGUGCGCCCCUGAAUGAACUGAAGUGUAAAUAAGUGAACGCAUCCUCUACAGACACACACUUCUGCACGUUUUAAUGCAUAAUUACUGUUUAUUUGCUGAAUUUAGCAUAUAAAAUGUGAAAUAUAUUAUUAAUAUAAAAUAUACUAUAUAAUAUAAUAUAAAUGUCCUAACUGUUUCACAUAAUGCAACACAUAAAUUCAGUAAAUAAACAGUAAUUGUGUAUUAAAAUGAGCAGACGUGUCUCUGUAGAGGAUGUGUAACUUAUUUACACCUAAAAAAUCAACAGCCACAUGUCAUUUAACCAGGGGUGCCCAAACUUUUGCAUGCGACUGUAGAUAUAAUGGAGAAAAAGUGUUUGGAGGGAGGUAAAGUGUGGUGUUCCUUCAAAAUGAGGUUGUCAGGCAGAAGAAAUGAUUUGCUCUGUUCUAGCAUGUUCUGUCUGUGAGGAGACACAAACAAACGAAAAUAGUUUAUCUUACUGAGAGACGCCAGAACAGAUCAAAACAAGUGCAGGAACGAAUCAGUGUUCCUCACUGAAUCAAGUGAGACCUCCUGGUAAGAACAAAGUUGCUUUCUUUGGUGUGGAUGUGGAUGUUGUUUCUCCGUGUUGUGGUUUUUUGCUUCAUACGUUUUUCUCUUUUUACAAAGCACUCGGGAAUCGAGAUCAUACCUCAAAUGCGUAUGUAUGAAAUAUAGAGUGAAGGAAUGCACAGGAAUGUGCAGUAGAACAUUCUUACCAAUAUGUCGUCUGUUUUGACUUUGUUUGAACACUGUGUUUUCUUGAACGUGACUGAGCUCUUCCAACUUCUUUGCAAACUGUGAGUGAGUGACUCUUUUGAGUUAUUGGAUAUAAAAUACAAUGAGUUUUAUGAUAUUUGUAAUAAAGCUUCAAUCAGUUUCUGUCUUUUAUUUUUAAA